UGUUAGAAGUUAUCGAGCUUCUUCUGGGCAUUGUCUUUAGUAUUAAAAAGUCUCAUGUAGAUGAAUGGCAGCUAGGAGGGGGCUGCCUUGUAACCAGUGUACAGGGACUACCACCACUCUUCAAAAACUUGAAGAUUUUGCUAGUAGAUUGUUUCAUAGACAGCCUAAGGGUACAGCUCAUGAUUUGAAAACAGAUCUGGAAAAUGAGAGCCUUCAUUUCUCUGAAUACACUGCCUUAUGGGACAGAUCAAUGAGAGACUUCCUGUCCAAGGCCAAGGAAGAAUUCUUGAGGAAAUGGGAAAAUCCCACCCAGAAUACUGCUGUUCUGGAUGACUUUGAGAGAAAGAAAACUCUUGGAACUGGAUCAUUUGGACGUGUCAUGCUUGUGAAACACAAGGCCACUGAGCAGUAUUAUGCUAUGAAAAUCCUUGAUAAGCAGAAGAAAGAGAAGACUCUGGUAGAGAAUACUUGCACUAAACAAGGCAAAUGUGCUCCACAAACACAGCAGGAAAAAGUUGUUAAGCUGAAGCAGAUUGAGCAUACCUUGAAUGAGAAAAGGAUCCUUCAGUCUGUGAAUUUCCCUUUUCUGGUCAAGCUGGAAUAUGCUUUCAAGGACAAUUCUAACCUGUACAUGGUUAUGGAAUACGUGCCUGGUGGUGAGAUGUUUUCCCACCUGAGAAAGACUGGCAGAUUCAGCGAGCCCCAUGCCCGCUUCUAUGCCUCCCAGAUUGUUCUGACUUUUGAGUAUCUUCAUGCUCUUGACCUGGUCUAUCGUGACCUGAAGCCUGAAAAUCUUCUGAUUGACAAAUAUGGAUACAUCCUGGUCACUGACUUUGGAUUCGCCAAAAGGGUGAAGGGCAGAACCUGGACCCUUUGUGGAACCCCUGAAUACCUGGCUCCUGAGAUCAUCCUCAGCAAGGGAUACAACAAGGCCGUGGACUGGUGGGCCCUGGGAGUGCUGAUCUAUGAGAUGACCGCUGGUUAUCCUCCCUUCUUUGCUGACCAGCCCAUUCAGAUCUACGAAAAGAUCAUUUCUGGAAAGGUCCGUUUCCCCUCCCACUUCAGCUCCGAACUCAAGGACCUUCUGAGGAACCUGCUCCAGGUUGACCUGACUAAGCGUUUCGGGAACCUGAAGAAUGGUGUUGGUGACAUCAAGCACCACCGUUGGUUUUCUGCCAUUGACUGGAUUGCCAUUUUUCAGAGAAAAGUGGAAGCGCCAUUCGUUCCCCGCUACCGAGGUGCUGGCGAUACCAGCAACUUCGAUGAUUACGAAGAAGAGGAAAUCCGUGUUUCUCUUACCGAGAAAUGUGCAAAGGAAUUCGCUGAUUUUUAAAGUGGGCCCAGCAGGUCUCACCCCUUUGCACCAUGUUAUAAAAAAAGGCGAAGCUGAACAUCAUUAUGUAACAACAGUGAUACCAUCUAGUUCCUUCAUUCCACACAGCUAAGUCAUCAUCAUGCGUGCAAUUAUGAAAACCCAGAUUACCUAGGCACAGGGCCGGCCAAGGGUAUUAUUUUUUCUUUGCCCUUUUUUUGUUUGUCCUUCUCUCUUUGGAUUCUAUAAUUAUACUUUUCCCUUUUUCAAAUUUACAAAGUCCAGCCCAUCCCCCCCAACACUCACUCCACAAUGACCUAUUUUCUUUUGAUCAGUUUGAUGUUCAGAAAUAGGAGGUGGUACAGCUAGUAAUAUUUUGAUGGAGAGAGAGAGGGAGAGAAAGAGAGAGAGAAAGAGAGAGA